UUUCAUACCAGGGGCCAAGAUCUGAUCCCCUCUCCCCCGCCAUGGGCGGAAUGACGUGGUGGGAUCUGGCUAGGGACUAGGGAGGAGGUGGUGGUGGGUGGUAGCCAGGAUCCAAAAACAGGGUCGCAACGAUGUCGCCGCCAGGCCUGACAGCACUUCCGCCCGGAACCUUAUUCAAAAGACAAAAGGAAGCCGUCCCCAACCCGCAUCUGUGGAACCCCCUCUCCCAGUCUCCCUGUGAUUGCUACUGGUACUGGUGCCCACAUUCGCUCUUCAUUCAUAAAAACGACGUCGCGGAACAGUCACCGUGAUAUACAGCCGCGGCCGAGAGAGACCAGAGUUGAGCUGAGCGGUAGACAGUUCGCCAUGGCAGACUUGGCAGACAAGGCGGAGAAGGGAUCCAGAUAUGAUGAGACGGCAAGCGCAGAGGAGAAGCCCGCGGCGGCGGCCAUUGAGGACAGCGGCCAGCAGCAGCGUAUGACGAUGGAGCCGCCCGAAUUCAUUCGCGGCCUGACCCCCGAGGAGCGGCACAGGCUCGAGACGCAGCUCAAGAGGAAGGUGGACGUGCGACUCUUGCCGGCCAUCAUCAUCAUGUACAUCCUGAACUACAUUGACCGAAACAACAUCGCGGCUGCUCGGCUGGCCGGGCUUGAACGAGACCUUCACCUGUCGUCGGUGGAAUUCCAGACGGCUGUCAGCAUCCUCUUCGUCGGAUACCUACUGAUGCAAAUACCUUCCAACUUGUUUCUCAACAAAUUCGGCAAGCCAGCAAUCUAUCUGCCGGCAUGUAUGAUAGUAUGGGGUACUAUCUCGGCUCUCACCGCUGUCUGCACCAACUCAGCCGGCCUGCUCGCCAAUCGCUUCUUUCUCGGUUUUGUUGAAGCCGCUUACUUCCCGGGAUGUCUCUACUACCUCUCCUGCUGGUACACGCGCAAGGAGCUCGGUUUCCGCACCGCCAUCCUGUACUCGGGCGCCCUGAUAUCCGGCGCCUUUUCUGGUCUGAUAUCCGCGGGCGUGACAUGGGGCAUGGACGGAGCUCGCGGUCUCGGGGCAUGGCAGUGGCUGUUCAUCAUUGAGGGCGCAGCCACGGUCGCCAUUGCUAUCGCCUGUUUCUUUGUGUUGCCUAAUUUCCCAAGGACGACUAAGUGGCUCACCGAGGAAGAACGGAUUCUGGCGGUUUGGCGCCUCCAGGAAGACGUUGGCGCCGACGACUGGGUGAACAGCAAGGAACAGACCUUCUGGCAGGGUGCACGACUGGCCUUUACCGACUACAAGACGUACAUCCUGAUCGUGCUCCUCUUCUGCAUCGUCGCCAGCGGGACCGUGACCAACUUCUUCCCCACCGUCGUCGACACGCUCGGGUACAGCCACACCGUGUCGCUGCUGCUGACGGCACCCCCCUACGUGCUCGCCGUCAUCGCCACCUACCUCAACGCCACGCACGCCGACAAGACGGGCGAGCGCUACUGGCACAUCACCAUCCCCAUGUGGGUCGCCAUCGUGGCCUACAUCAUCGCCGCGUCGACGACGGCGCUGGCCCCGCGCUACCUCAGCAUGAUGCUCAUGGUGCCCGCCGUCUACUCGGGCUUCGUCGUCGCCCUGGCCUGGAUCAGCAACACGCUGCCGCGCCCGCCCGCCAAGCGCGCCGCGGCGCUGGCGUUUAUCAACGCCGUCUCCAACUGCAGCAGCAUCUACGCCAGCUACAUGUACCCGACCAGCGCGGGGCCGCGCUACACGGUCGCCAUGUCGGUCAACUGCGUGACGGCUUUCAUUGCCGUCUGCACCGCCACCGUGCUGCGCUUCAUCCUUGUCAGGUUGAACAAAAAACUUGACCGGGGAGAGUUUGUGGAGGGGGCCAUCAACACGCUGGUUCCGGGCGAGGGCGGGUUCAGGUUCAAGGUUUAG